UGCAGUCAUUGCUUUGUCGCGUUUCUUCGAAAAGAGCUUGACGAUGAAGCGCACAAGCUUCAUUGUCCUUCAGCUUGCCUGUGUUUUCCACGUGCAUGGGUUCUUAGAAAACAGAACUAAGAUGAAUGCUUGCAUGCAAGCACGGGAUCCGGGACCCUGUCGUGCCUCUGUUCCCAGUUGGUAUUUUGACGCAUAUGACCUCGUGUGCAAGCCAUUCAUUUACGGAGGCUGCCAGGGAAACAGCAAUAGGUUUGAAAGUAAAACUACAUGCGAAGCUACGUGCUCACGCUUCAUAGGCAUGAAAAAUACAACGGCGACAUGUAUGAAAAAACCAGAUUCUGGACCCUGCCGAGCAUAUAUUCUUCGGUGGUACUACGAUCACCAUCACCGUGUAUGCAAGAUGUUCGUCUAUGGAGGUUGCCAAGGAAACGGCAACAGUUUCGCUACUGAGGAAAAGUGUCGAGCAACUUGUAUGCGUAAGCACGUAUCUUGUCCAUCUACUGACCACGGCCGGGCUUGUCUUGUUGAAGCAAAAGAUAAAUGA